AACUUUGGGAGGUUCAAAUUCAAUUCCUCUGAAAUCUAAACUUAGCAUAUCACCUGAAAUUCAAAACACCAAGUAAAAGAAGCCAGCCAUUAGUUAUGCUACCCACGAUCUCUCUCUCUCUCUCUUUCUCUCUCUUUCUCCAUGAUUGCAUACAGCCAUACACGUCUUUAUCGCAAUUGAUCCACUAAUCUCUCACAUUUUCUCUCUGUAAAUAAAAGCCUUGCCUUCCCAAUUCCAGUAUAUCAUUAUCUUCUUGUUCCGUCCUGAUUUUGAGUCAAUGCCAAACUCUGAAAUCUCUUCAUCUUCUUCGCCUUCACAGCCCGACUCUUCUAAGAUUCAACUGGUUUCAAAGUCUGUAUCUGACCGACUCCUCCAGAAGUUCUUUGACGCUUAUGAAUUUGACUUCGAUUAUGAGAAAAGCGGGUUGUGGUCUCCUCCUAUUAGAAGAAGCGCAUUCGUGAGUUCCCCAGGAAGAAUAUUCACUGAACAAGAAAUGUUUGCAAAGCUUAGAAAUGUUAUGGAUCCUCGUACAAAAAGAAGACAUAAAGCUUGUUUCAAAAUGGGAUUUUCUUGCUGCUAAUUUAACUGAGAGACAAAGUUGAAGCUGCUGCAGGUUAAAGUACAAUACAAAUAUUGCUCUAACUUUUCUUUUCGAUUCUUCGCACUGCUGCUGGAUAAUGUAUAUAUCCAUUAUCUUUAUAUAUAUUGGAAAUACAUAUUUUUAUUUUCA